CUGUCUGUCGCGCGGCGCGGUGGUCGUUUAGGCAGAUGUUCCAUUGAUGUCUGACGUCCCGUGUAGUCGGCUUUGCAAUAUCGGAGGACCCGAGUUUCAGAAGAAAGGCGCUGUCUUUCUGAUCAUCCAGCGAACAAGUUCAAAUGGACGGCGAAAAUGGAGGAGGAGAAUCGGAACAAGGGGAGGUGAAAGAGGGGGUGGCCUCAAUAGCCAUUCUUCCGUGCGGCUCCAUCUCAGGCCACUUCAUCCACCUCCCUCAUUCCAUCUGCUAUGGCCUCCAUGGCACUGAAUUGGCGUGCGAAAGGGAAUGCAGCAGGGGAGAGGAUUACCGCCUGAUCAAACUCUCCAUCAUGGACUUCAAAACCAAACAAGAAGGGACUGUUGUGGUGGAGUGCCAAGGCCAUGAUGCUGCUCGGUUUCACAGCAUAGAUCAUGCUCACGGUUGGGAUGAGGAUGUGGCAGGUUUACUGGAGCAAAAACAUCAGAAGAGCAAGAUUGUGGUCUCUUUCGAGUGUGAGACCCUGAAAGCUGAGGAAGCAGCAGAGGACCAUAUCAAGAAGUUCAUGCCAAAAUUAAGUGGACUUGAUGCUGUUGUUAACAUUGGGCGAAUGAGGAUUGCCGGGUUGAACUUUGAUGCAGAAAAGGCAGACUUGGAGCAGAAUGUGUGAUAUUCAUGGUGCACAUAUUUUUUGCUGAAACUUCAAGCUUCCUUUGUCAUAGGCGAGAGCAUGUUUUGACAGAUGAUAUGUUUUGUGAUUAUCUGGAUAAUUCGUCAAACCCUUGCAUGUUUACAGUCGGUAUGCAUUGGCUAUUCUGGUGAGAGAGUGUGAUACUUGUACGUGUGAGAACUCAAAGCUUGGUUAUCAGCUACUCGAGUUCAGUUUAGUUGUUAUAUUGCUCGAAGCUAAUUGAUAUAUGAAUACUUUGAGUA